UAUUAAAAGAAAAGAGAAGUACCAUUUAAAAUUUCUCUUUAGUUUUCAAACUUAUUUACAUUUUUAUGCCACUGACUAAUUACUAAGCCGUCUAUUUUAAUUAUUAUCUUUUUUCUUCUAUUUUAUUAGCAUUUUUCUAAAUUGAAGUACAAUAAAUCAAGUGUCAUUUCUUUCAGAAACACUUCCUAUAAUCUAGCUAAACAUUAAAUUAUAUUUAAUCAAUGCCAAAAAUAUAAAAAUGAUGUCCAUUAUUGUGGUUGGUUAUUUCUAAUUUUGGUAUAAUUAACUAUUUCAAAAAACACAAGAAAAUGUUAUAAAAUACAUAAUAUAAAACACAAAAUGUAAAUGAUAUAUUGCAUUUUAUAUCGUAUAAAUCAAAUACAAUCAUAGAUAACAAUUUUAUUUUACAUUAAAAGUUUGAUCCAUAAAAAUACAUCCGCACGAACACACAAAUCAUAUUUUAAAAAUAUAGAUGAUAAUUGACGUAUCAAAAAAUAAAAUAAAAAUUUCAUUAUUAAUUAGAAAUUAUUUUGUUUAAAAAUGCUAAAAAUUAUUUAAUACAGAUAAAUUUUAAAAAUAUAUAUUAACAUUUAUAAAAAAGACAAAUAUAUAUUUUUUAAAAAUAAAAAAAAUACAUGCGCGGAUGCGCUGGUCAAGCUCUAGUUAAUUGAUUAAUUUGGCCUUAUCUUUUGGUCCAAGUUGUUAAUAUGGUAGACCGUAACAGAUGAUCGGUCCACCCUCUAACAUUAAUCAAAAUAUAUGCAAAAUUCGGAUCAUGCAGUGUGGUAACCAGUCUAUUAAAAGUGUGUUCCUCCUGCGGUCGACCAGAUCACUAUUCGUGUCCACGUUACACGACUUUUGGUUAAUUAAGAUAAUAAAUAUGAUAUUUGUUUUGUUUUAUAGGAUGUGUUAUUUUGAAACGAUUAGUAAAAAUUUGCUAGUUGCUUCAUACCCACUGUCCCUCCACCUGCUCUACUUAUGCAAAUUAUCAAAUCCAAUACUCUCUUAUAAAGUUUUUCACAACCAAAAAUUCGUAUAAAAAAGUACUUUUAUCAAAAGAAUAAUGAAGAGUAAAGGUCUCCUAUUACUGCUGCUCAUUACAUUGGCAUACAAUGGAGUUUUCGCCAAGAACCGGUCCUCAAGACCUAGAUUAAGAAGAAAUGAUUUUCCAGAAGAUUUUAUUUUUGGAUCUGCAACUUCUGCCUAUCAGUGUGAAGGUGCUGCUCAUGAAGAUGGUAGAGGACCAAGUAUAUGGGAUACCUACUCCGAAAAAUUCCCAGAGAAAAUAAUGGAUGGUAGUAAUGGGUCCGUUGCAGAUGAUUCUUACUACCUUUACGAGGAAGAUGUGAAUUUGCUGCAUCAAAUUGGCUUCAAUGCUUACCGAUUCUCAAUCUCCUGGUCUAGGAUUCUGCCUCGUGGGAAUCUAAAAGGUGGAAUAAACCAGGCUGGAAUUAACUAUUACAACAACUUGAUUAAUCAACUUCUGUUGAAAGGAGUGAAGCCAUAUGUCACAAUCUUCCACUGGGACUUACCAGAGGCACUCGAAGUUGCUUACGGUGGCUUCCUCGGGGCCGAGAUUGUGAAUGAUUUCCGGGACUAUGCGGAGCUCUGUUUCCAGAAGUUUGGAGAUAGAGUAAAGCAUUGGAUGACGCUAAACGAGCCAUUUACAGUGGUAAAACAAGGUUAUCUAACAGGUGAAAAGGCACCUGGAAGAUGUUCUAGUUUCACAAAUCCUAAUUGCCUUGGUGGUGAUGGAGCCACCGAGCCUUACAUCGUCGGCCAUAACUUUCUACUCGCUCAUGGAGCCGCUGUCAAAGUCUACAGAGAAAAGUACCAGGCAACUCAGAAAGGUGAAAUUGGUAUCGCCUUACAAACAGAUUGGCACUACCCUUAUUCAGAUUCAUAUGCUGACCGUUCAGCCACAGCUCGAGCCACUGCAUUCACAUUCGACUACUUCAUGGAGCCUAUCGUCAACGGUAAAUAUCCAACUGAAAUGGUUAACCAUGUGAAAGAUGGCCGUCUUCCUACAUUCACACCAGAAGAGUCCUCAAUGCUUAAAGGAUCGUACGAUUUCAUAGGCAUUAACUAUUACUCAUCGUCCUACGUAAAAGACGUGCCAUGUGCAACUGAAAACAUUAGCAUGUCCACUGAUUCCUGCGUCAUGGUCAUAGGUGAGCGAAAUGGAGUGCCUAUCGGUCCAAAGGCUGGAUCGGAUUGGCUUUUGAUUUAUCCUAAGGGUAUUCGUGAUCUCUUACUAUAUGCAAAAUUCAAGUUUAAUGAUCCCGUCUUGUACAUAACAGAAAACGGAGUGGAUGAAGCAAACCUUGGCCAAAUAUUUCUUAACGACGAUUUGAGAAUUGAUUACUAUACUCAUCACCUUAAGAUGGUUCAGGAUGCUAUCUCGAUGGGAGUGCAUGUGAAAGGAUAUUUUGCAUGGUCGUUGUUGGAUAACUUCGAGUGGGCGGAAGGAUACACGGUCAGGUUUGCGCUAGUGUUUGUGGAUUUUGAAAAUGGACGUAAGAGGUAUCCGAAGAAAUCAGCUAGGUGGUUUAGGAGAUGGUUGAAGGGAGACUAUAAUGGGACUAAUCAGCAAGUGGCUGUUAUUUAGUAAAUCACGGGCCUCUAUAUUGAAAAAAACAAGUCGUUUUUAUAAACUCUAUUAAUGUUACCAGCUAUAGCAUGUGUUAUUAUCCGGAUUUGAAUUAUGCUUCGCUACUGAUUUUUUUUUUAUAUUCCUAUACAUGCUUAUGAUUAUUAUAUAGAGCUAAACAUCCUGGUCAACAAAGGAAUUAACGUAAGACAUGAGAACAACUACAAACAUCCAGGUCAAUUUGUAGUUGUUGUUCUCAUCUCGUUUUUGAUAACUGGACAUGUCACAAAACUUGAUGAAUACUAUUUUAUUUUUCUUUCUUAGACACUAUCAUCUUUUCGUAGGGAAAUUAACUUUACGUUCCGUGAAAAAUCAAAAUUCUAUAUAUCCAAGUUUACUAUAAUUUUUGUUCCUGCAGCUGUCAUUUGUAUAUGUUUUGAUUAAAAAAAAAACAUAUCUUGCAUUCACUGGAAGGAUUGUUUUCCUAUUUUUAAUUUAUUUGUUUCCUUCAAUGUUUCAUGCGCUUUUGUUGUCCGAUUUUGAUUUCGAUAUCUUAUGAACCUAUUUUUGUUAUUAGACUUUGUUUUGGGUGUUUCAUGCAUCUUAGGAUACAUGCAUCAAAAUGCCCAAAAAAAUCGUCAUGUGAGGAAUGGUCCUACCAUAGUUAAAUAAUAUAAAUUUGAGUUAUAUUUUGGCUAUAUAUCAUACACAUUAUUUCAUUUUUCUUAGUUCAAUUUUACUAGUAAUAUAUAAUUUGGGUAACACCUUAGAUAUAUAUAUAUAUAUAUGACUUGAAAAUAUAAUAAUAAUUUAGUGAGGAUAUCUAUUCAGAAAGGAAUAUGAAAAGUAUAUAUAUUUAUAAGCCCAUCUCUUUAUGCUGGAAAUUUAGUUGCUCCUAUACAAAUACAUAAUUUCCUAAAAAGCGAACAUGUCACUGCCAAAUAAGUGUUCUCAUCUCUUUUUCAUAGGAUGUGAUAAGGACUAUUGCUCACAUCUUUUUCGUUUUUAGUGAAACUUAAAAUGUUAUAAUCCUCAAAGGCCACUAUUUUCUAUACAAUAUGAUCACUCAGUAAAAAGGGAAAAAGGAAAUCACAUCAUUGCUGUUUUCUUUUCAUGUUACCAAUUACAUGCUCAAAUUCAAUGCAUUUGUAAUCAAAUAUGUAUAUAUAUGACUAAAUUUCGAAAUUUAAUUUUUAUAAAUAAAAAAUAUAUUGAGGCAUUGGUGUUUUAUUGCAAAUUUGCUCUAAAUCCUUUUUAAAAUUUAUCUGUUUUCUAUUAGAAUAACGAAAGAGAAUGGAUAAUUCCAUUUUUUGUUGUAUUUUCUAAGUUUAAAUUAAUGAAAUGUUAGUUGACAAAAAAAAUCAAUGAAAUGUUAAAAAAAAUUACUCAUAUCUCAUUCAUGCCACUGAGAUUCAAUAGGCUAGUGGUACGCUCCCCCGUAUCUUUGGACUUUGGCACUAAAGGAAAAGGAGUUUUGGACAAAAAAAGGAACGGAGUUCGACUCCAAUUUGAAAUUGAAUUUCAGUGAAAAUUAGUUUCCACCAUACGUGGAAUAAAAAUUGGAGUUAGGCUAGUGGCGAAGUUUCCACCAUACGUGGGAUAAAAGAAAACUAGUUUCUGUAAAAUAGCCAGCCAAUAAAACUAAAAAGAUACCAAAUAUUAGCAUGGUUUUUGGAUAACGGUGACACGUACUAUUAAUCAAAUGAAAGUAUUUGUAUUCACAGAAAUAUAUUUUCCCAUUAAAUAACCGGAUAUUAAUAUAUUGCAGACAUGGCUCAAAAGUCAAAAUUUCAUGAAAAUGUUUUUUUGGUAUCUAUUCAAUUAAUUUAGAGUCUUAUUUCUAUCUAUUGUACAAAGUCUAUGUUCGACUAAUUAUAGAUUAUUAAUAUGUCUUAUUUGAUAUAUUACUUUAAUCAAUCAAAAAUCUAAUCUAUUAAAUCAAACAUGAUGUUCUGAAAUAUAUUCUCCUAAAUCUCCCCUUUAAAAUUAAAAUUUGUCAAAAAAAUAUUAUUGUUUUAAUUAUUAAACUCUAUAAAUAUGGUUACAUUUUAUUGUUAUAUAGAUAUCCAAAAAAAAUUAAAAGGAA